AUGCUUAUGGCACUGCAGGCGAUGCCAGAUCUCUAUCACCAGAGUCUCCUCAAGUUGAAGCGGCUUAGAAGUCUGGCAACAGCCGCCACUACCGUGUCAGCACCACUUCAACCUGAACCCAUUCCUCUUCUGCAGCGAAACCAACAGUCAAAUCAGGCCACACCACUGGAGGAUCAUCUGGACGACACGGACGAUUAUGCAGUGGAGGCUGUAGAAUUGAAGACGCCGUCAUUCGAGCAGCUGGAUGCGAUGGAUGUGAUGAGAAUUUGGCACAGGUGCCACAGGAUGUUGCUCCUCAGCUACUAUCAAUGCAAAAAGCCGUCGUGCGAGGUGUUCUGA